ACCAUGCAGGGGAGAUUAGUAUUCCUUGGAUUGGUUUUAGAGAUGUGGGCGGUUUAGCCAAGGCAAAGGAAGAAUUAGGAGAAGUAGUAACCUACUUUCACCACUCAAACCUUUUUUGGCAGAAAGGGGCUAAGAUUCCCAAGGGGAUUUUGUUGGUUGGUCCUCCCGGGAAUGGUAAAACUUUGCUAGCCAAAGCUUUAGCCAAAUAUUAUGAUAGCAAAAAUAUAUCAACUCCUUGCAAAGAUAAGAAAACGUAA